GCGAAUGAUGAGCUUGGAGAGAUCCUGCUUACUCAAGGGGCAUUGACGAAACAUGUUAAAUUGAGAAACGGCUCAGCAGACAAUGAGUUACUUGGCGUGGAAAACAUCUCUUGGAGUUCUUCUUCUGCUCUCAGUUACAACUUGUGUCGUUGGAGAAAGGGCCUUCCUUACAGCAAUGGCUGGUACUGAGGUGCUGCUCCCAUGCUGGCCAACCGCAAACAACACAAAUAUAACGCAGUUUUCCUGGACAAAGGAUGGUCAGGAGAAGCCUGUUGUUGUGUAUAAUCUGAAGUAUGGGCCAUCAGUACGAAGUGAAAACUAUUCUGGACGGAUAGAGAUGAGAAACCAAUCUCUCCUGGAUGGAUCAAUCCGAAUAAAAGCUUUGAAAAUACAGGACGAGGGAAAUUACAUGUGUGAGAUAACACUAUUCCCUCAGGGAGCAGAGAAGAAAGGAAUCCAUUUAACAAUUCUAGUGAUUCCCACCAACGCAGCAUCAUCGAUACCUGCCGAGGCUGGUCUCUCUGACGCUCCUGUGGCUCAGUGUACCUCGGCCUUCGGGAACCCAGCAGCUGAGAUCACUUGGAAAUCCAGUCUCCCGGGGAAGCACACCAUGAUCCAUGUUGUAAACGACAACAAUAUGGUGACUGUCCACAGCAAUUAUACGAUGACCCCACAUCGUUCAGACAAUGGGCAGACAGUGACAUGUCAGGUCACUCACUCAGCAACAAGCAACAAGACUGAAUAUCCUGUACAGCUGUCCAUCCUCUAUCGACCAGUCGUGACGAUAACGGGGUAUGAUGGGACCUGGAGUGUAAACACACACAAUGUUACUGUUACAUGUAGCACAGAUGCCAAUCCUGAACCAACUAAUUACACCUGGAGAGGGUUACCGGAAGGAGUGGAGGUCAAAAAUGCACAGGUGUUCAUCGGGGAGGAGAGCGCUCUGGAAAAUGGCAACUGGACAUGUGAAGCUGCCAACACAGUUGGGAUAGGAGUGGGCCGUGUGGAAGUUGUGCUAAGAUCGAGCAAUUCCUCAGGUGUUAUUGACCGAGUGAACACAGUUAUACUAAGCACCGGCAUUGUGGGAGCUCUUGUUCUGGUGCUCAUUCUGCUUGUGAUAUGGCUGAAACGGAGAAAGCAAGACACAGACACUGCGCCUGAACGCACACCCUCCCAAGCUCAGGACAAUGAGAUGAUCACAUAUGCAUCGCUGGAUCUUAACGUCCCAGCUGGAGCCUCUGUUUACAGGCAAAAUGGUCAGGCAGAGGACUCAACUGUAUACGCAGAUAUUAAAUACCAACAUUAAGUGGCUGUGGUUAACGUCUAUCCCUGGAAUAUGUGCCGCGUGGUCAGGGUGAAAACUGCCCACUGGAGUUUUCUUCCUCUCUCUGUUUCGAAACUGAGUGACACUACUUCACUUGUGCAUUCUGCUUCCUGUCCAAUGCCUUGCAGAAAUAUCGGAGAAAGUGGGGACUCGGAUAUGCUCAGCUUCCCCACCCUUCCUCACCCAGCGCUGAAGCAGUCCCAGGAUCUGAACACCCACGACCUCUCAUCUUCGUCGUACUCCCUUGAUAACCAAGCGUGGAUAUUUACGGAGCUAACCGAAUACCCAGUGCUUGUUCCUGGUGCACAUCAAACCCCCCACACCACCCCCCCAAGCCACCUUGCUCAUGAUCUUCGAGCAUAGAACUGCGCGGCACAGGAACCGGCCCUUCGGCCCGCAAUGUUGUGCUGUACAUAAUGCCAAAUUAAGCUAAUCCCUUCUGCCUGCUCUUGGUCCAUAUCCCUCCAUUCCUCGCAUAUGCACGUGUUUAUCUAAAAGCCCCUUAAAUGCUCCUGUUGUAUCUGCCUCCAACCCUGGCAACACAUUCCACGCUCCCACCUCUCUCCAUGUGUAACAAUCCUGCCUCUCACAUCUCCUUUGAACUUUCACCUCUCUCACCUUACAUGCAUGCCCCCUAGUUUUAGACAUGUCAACUCUGAAGAUUCUGUCUGUCAACCCUAUCUCUGCACCUCGUAACUUUAUAGAUUUCUAUCAAGUCUCCCCUCAGCCUCAACCACUUCAGAGAAAACAACCCCUGGGAUUUUCUAGGUGUACAUCCUGUGGAUGAACACAGCAGGCCCAAGUGUCCAGACCCGAAACGUCAGCCUUCCUGCUCCUCUGAUGCUGCU